CUAACUUACUUGACAAAUCAACCCGAUUUUUUAAAAGUUAAUUUCAUCCAGUGAGUUAUAUUUCACCAUGUCCGCAAGAAAUCCAGGAAUGCAUCUUGAUCUGGAAUGGGUGUCAAAAGUCAGAGUCAACACUCAGGCUGUUCUUAAAAGAGCCCAGCAGAUCCAGGGACACAAAGUGGCCAAAAAACAGUGGCAGGCUGCAUGGUUGCUGAAGGCUGUCACAUGCAUUGAUCUGACGACCCUCGCUGGUGACGACACACCUUCCAAUGUCCAUCGACUCUGUAUGAAGGCCACACAGCCCAUCCGUCACGAUCUGCUGAAGAGCAUGGACAUGCAUGACAAAGGAAUCACGACUGCAGCUGUCUGUGUGUACCCAUCACGGGUGGCUGAUGCUGUAAAGUCUCUGAAGGCGGCAAACUCUAGUCUUCCUGUGGCAUCUGUGGCCACUGGUUUCCCUGCUGGACAGACGCCACUGAAGACCCGUCUCGAGGAGGUCCGGAUGGCUGUGAAGGAUGGUGCUACAGAGAUCGAUAUUGUCAUAAACCGGACUUUAGCACUCACUGGACAAUGGGCAGCCCUCUACGAUGAGAUCCGGCAGUUCAGAGAGGCCUGUGAAGACGCCCAUAUGAAGACCAUCCUGGCAGUAGGAGAGCUGGGAACCUUCACAAACGUCUACAAGGCCAGCUUGGUGUCCAUGAUGGCAGGAUCGGACUUCAUCAAAACUUCAACUGGGAAGGAGUCAGUCAAUGCCACUUACCCCAUUGCCAUAGUAAUGGUGCGGGCCAUCCGUGACUACUACUUGAGGACAGGCCAUAAGGUGGGUUUCAAGCCCGCAGGAGGCAUCCGUACGGCGCAGGAGUCUGUGGUGUGGCUGACCCUGAUGAAGGAAGAGCUCGGAGACGAGUGGCUCGAUCCUUACCUUUUCAGACUAGGAGCAAGUAGCCUGUUAGCUGACAUCGAGCGGCAGAUUUACCACUACGUGACCGGACGCUAUCCCGCCUAUCAUGAGCUUCCUAUGGCCUGAGUUUUUAAAAAAUCUAAGAUUUGGGCUGAUGAAAGCUGUUCAGUGACACAAUGGAAAGACACCACACCUGUUUGUUAUGAAAAGAAUUAUAAAGAAUAGAAGUGAAAUGAAGCACAGUAUCUGUCCUAAACUAAGAAUAUAUUUUAUUAUAUUGUAAAAACUUAAGAUAUGGAUGUCUUUUUUCAAGUUAUCUUGUAGAAAAAAUGCAAACUCAAGAACAUUUCUGGAUGACACGGUGCAACCUGAACCGUCAGAAGUAAAAGUGCUCGCUUUACGUCAGCGCAAA